CAUUGUUUACUAAUAUAACCUUGAUGUAGACAAACAAAUUAAGAGCCAAGUGCUCAUUUUAGAUACAAAUAACAUUAACCGAAACAACUUCUUUUAUAAAUCGUUUCUGGAGUCAUUUUAUGCCUUUAUUGGACAAGAGAGGCAAACAGAGAGGAAUGUGACCAGCAAAGGUUCUCGAGCCGGGAAUCAAACUGGGAUUGCCAAAGACAUGAUUCUGUCGGAGUACUGCCGUCUAACCUAUCAGCUACCAUGGGCAAGAGCCUCCAAAAUUGGAGUUAAUAUUUGAUUUGUGAAGAUCUGUAACAAUCCCCAGAAUGUGUUUCUGUAAGCUGCCUGCAUGCCAAGUGUUAAAUCAACAGAGCAUGUGAAAAGGCCGGGUCAAACUGACCUUCAAAUGCUCUUUCAAAAAAUGAUUCUACAUUUUCAAAACCAGAAUAAAAACAAAUCAUACAUUUGCCUUUCUUAAAUGACUGCUGAACCUGUUUGCCUUUCUAGUAUGGGCGAUAAUGAAUGUGAUGUUCUUGACCUGACGUUGACCCGAUGACCUGAUGUCUGACACAGGUUAUUCAGAUAAGGUGGUUUACUGCAGUAAAUGCAGUGACUGGGAUCAUUUCAUCUGGACUCGACGCAGACAGCAUGAGAACGUCUCUGAUCCUGCUUACUUGUUUGGGAUUUGUGCAAUGUCUGAUAAGAGUGCCUUUGAGUCGCGCGCCCUCGGUGCGGAGUAAACUGCGCGCCGCCGAACAGCUGCAGGAGUUCAUGCGCGAGCACGAGCCGGAUGCGUUCUUGCGCCGCUACGCGCAGUGUUUUCCGCCUGCGCGCGACUACCUGCAUCUGCACAGCAAAUCCGCUGAGAGACUUUACAACUUCAUGGACGCUCAGUUCUUCGGGGAGAUCAGUCUGGGGAAUCCACGGCAGAAUUUCACAGUGAUUUUUGACACGGGCUCGUCUGAUCUUUGGGUUCCUUCAUCAUACUGUGUCAGCCAGGCGUGUGCGAUGCACCACAAGUUCAAGGCCUUUGAAUCGAGCACAUACACACAUGAUGGACGAGUGUUUGGUAUUCAUUACGGCUCCGGACAUCUGCUGGGAGUCAUGGCCAGAGAACAACUCAAGGUGGGCUCUGUGACGGUUCAGAAUCAGAUGUUUGGAGAGGGCGUGUAUGAGCCGGGUUUUGCUUUCGUCAUGGCCCAGUUUGACGGGGUUUUGGGUUUGGCUUUCCCUCAGCUGGCCGAGGAACUGGGUUCACCCGUGUUCGACAGUAUGAUCUCACAGAAGAGUGUAGACGAGCCCGUGUUCUCCUUCUAUCUCAAGAGCAAUGGGUCGGGUUUUGGUGGAGAGCUGUUGUUGGGUGGUGUGGAUGAAACGCUGUUUGUUCCUCCUGUGAACUGGGUUCCAGUCAGUCAGAAGGGCUACUGGCAGUUCAGAAUAGACGGCGUGAAGGUCCAGGGAGCUCUGAGCUUCUGCCGUCGUACUCCUCACGGAUGUCAAGCGAUAGCGGACACAGGAACAUCUCUGAUCGCCGGCCCGAGCAAAGACAUCCUCAUACUUCAGCAGUUCAUCGGAGCCACGCCCACUGCCAUCGGAGAGUAUCUGUUGGACUGUACCCGGAUCAGCAGUCUGCCUGUGGUGUCUUUCCUGAUCAAUCAGGUGGAGUAUCCGCUGACUGGAGAUCAGUACGUCAGGAGAGAGAUCCUGAACAAUAAGGAGUUGUGCUUCAGCGGCUUUCAGUCCAUAGACAUGCCCACGUCUCCAUCCGGACCCAUGUGGAUUCUGGGAGAUGUGUUUCUCUCUCAGUUCUACAGCAUCUACGACAGAGGUCAUAAUCGAGUGGGGUUCGCUCAUCUCUCUCUCUAACGCCAAAGAGCUUCACAUUAUACACACGUGCUGCUGAAUGCACCUCUCGUUCUCGUUCACAACAUCAGUCUAAACACAAGAGAGUAAAGUAGCAUGAUCUCAAUGUUUGCUCUUUUGAAUUAAUGUUUUUAGCAUCACCUAUCCCAUGGGUUUAAAUACCAUGAUUACCAGGGCUGGGUUUUGCGACCAAACUGUCGAUUCGAUUCUUAUUUAUAUGGUUUCGAUUCAAUGUCGAUUAGUUAUCAGUACUUAGAUUAAAAUGCUAGUUUGCCGUCAUUGAAUUCAUAUUUAAAUAUACAUGCUGGUAACUGAAAGCCUCUUACUCAGCUAUAUUAGUGAAAUACACAUUAACAGUUAAAUUCACAACUACAUGAAACAUGUUUCUAAGAAUAAAACAGAUUUCAAUAUUCAAUACGGGUCAAUAAAUAUCAGCACGAUUGAUGGCGACAUCAUUAGGAUGAGAGGCAAAAUACAGAUAUUCACAUUUCCCGAAUCGAUAUUGUUUCGUUAAAUUGAAGAUAGGUUAAAAUCGAACAAUCGUUAUUUUCCCCAGCCCUAAUGAUUACAAUUCAUCAAAUGUAUCACACUUG